GGCGGCGGCGGCGGCGGGGGGAGGAGCCUCCGGACACUUGGGCCCCCGGCAGUCCCGGAGGAGGCGGGCCGGAGCUGGAGCCCGAUCCCGAGCUGGAGUGGCUGCGCAGGCCGGCUGCAUGCUGCUGGUGGAGGUGAAGGCCGGGCAGGCCCUGGUGUGGGGCACCGAGGCGGCGCGGACGCUGCGGGAGCGACUAGGCGUGGGGGGCCGGCCCGUGGGCAGCUUGGCUCGGGGGCCCCGGCAGAACGCGCGCCUGGGCCUCCCGCUGCUGCUGCUGCCAGAGGAGGCCCGGCUGCUGGCCGAGAUCGGCGUCGCCACGCUCGUCACUGCCCCGCGGCCGAACCCCGGCCAGCAGGCCCAGGCUGUGGCUGCCUACCAUCGGGAGCAGGAGUCGGGAUUCCGGGAGCAGCGAGCCCUGGCGUCUGAGGCUCGGCGGAGGCGUCUGAAGGACCUGGAGGAGCACAUUGCCGAGGCCCGGGCCAAGAAACAGCGGGGCCGAGGGAGGAGCAGCAAGGAGAGGAGGGAGGUGGGUGGGGGGGCCUUUGGGGGAGGGGCCGGGAGCGUCUGCCCUUGCUCUAACUUUCCCUCUCCCCAACCAGGGCCGCAGCCCCCUUUCCCAGAGACUGCAAUGCUGGUGCAGCUCCCCACAGCCCGGCCCAGACCGGCCUGGGCCAGGCCCCUGGACUGGCACCAUCCAUCCCCAGAUUGGCCCCACGCUGGGAACCCAUCCCAUGAGCUGAGGUACCAAGUCUACAAGGACCUGUGGGAAAGAGGCUACUUCCUCACCUCCGGGGGCAAGUUUGGAGGUGACUUUCUGGUCUAUCCAGGUGACCCCCUUCGCUUCCAUGCCCAUUUUGUGGCCCAGUGCUGUGCCCCUGGGGACUCCCUCCCGCUGCCAGACCUUGUCUCUGCUGGCCGUCUUGGGACGAACGUACGAAAGACCUUGCUCCUCUGCUCCCCUCAGCCUGAUGGCUCUGUGGCCUAUACCUCCCUGCAGUGGGCUGGCCUGCCAUGACCAGAGAAGGGAGAGGGAAGGAACUCUGGGCUCCUGAUUGCUUGUGUGACUCUGCCCUUCCUCUGUGUCCUAGAUUAUUUUGGACUCUAGUGUGUCCCUGUGCAUUUCAGCUGGAGAACGAGAGCCCCUCGGAUAGGGGAAGGAGAGUUGGAUGAGCCAGGGCCUUUGUGGUGUGGCGAUCCUGGGGGUCAAACCCUCCCAGAAGUCUGAGUCAGCUCCAGCAUUCCGAAGAUGUCUGUCUUCCCCUCUGGCCUCAGACUCCUCAUCCUUAAAAUGGGGGCAGCAUGAGGGGGUGGGUGGGAAAUCCUCAUUUUACCAAAGUGAUCAGGGGGAUUGCUUGGGCUCAGAAUUGGAGACUCUCCAUUGCCAAAGAGAAGGGGCCUAAUCUCUCCUCCAAGUAACAAGAUGACUCAGUUCCUUCCAAGUCAAGAGGAGACUUACCUGGUUACUUUAUGUUGGGGAGAAACUUUGAUCCCAGAGGCAGCUAAAUGUUACAGUGCUGGAGGGGAGUCGGGGAGACCUGAGUUCUAACCCCCCCUCAGAUGCUGCCUAGCUGUGUGCCCCUGGGCAGGUCACUUCACCUCAUUCUG